AGCUGAAGUCAACGACGCCGCGACGUACGGACGCUUGACGCUCAGAACGUUGUAGCUGGACUCACCACAAGACGAGAGGAGCGAAUCAUGUUCAUGUUGUUUUUUUAUGUUUGUUGGUGUACAGAAUUGAAGUGUUAUGGAGCUCGUACUUGUAACGAGAUGGAUUCAGAUGGGGGAAGAGGUUGACGAGUACAAGAGAAGGCGGCGAAGAAGGAAGCAGAGGGAUGGAGGAGGAAGGGAGAGAGCGAGAAGAGAAACAGGUCUCAGAGGGACGGAGGAGAGGAGGAGGAGGGGCAGCACGCUAACCUGUAUUCGAGGUUUUCGACUGAAUCAGGGAAGGGGUCCACAAAUAAACAGCAACCAACGUUUCCAAGCACACAGCUUUGAGGCUCUGCCGAGGGGCACGGACCAGCUGCAGACGGGAGCAUUUCCCGAAUCAGCAUGGUUGGAACAACCCCCACUCGCUACAACCGGAGAGCUGUCUUCCGGCAGCGAGAAAAAAUCACAAACGAAACAGAGAAGAAGACGCCGAUGGGAGGCGACGGGCUUCGGCAGGCACGCCCGGCAUCCCCAGCCUCCAUCGACUCUGCGGAUGGGGAUUGCGGCUUCCAGAAAGGCGCUAGAAGGGAUGACGAGUUCGAGGCUGAGAAAGUGCGGAGGUCUGGGCGGAAGUAUUCGAAUCAAAUGCACCACGGGUGACUCGGCCACUCUCAGCAACUCACCAACAAUUGCAUCUCACUCCCUCGGCCAAGCACUACUCCUCAGAGUAGGUAGUAGGUAGCAGAGUCGCAAUUGAAUGCCCAUAGAUACCAGUACAUGUUAUUCCAUAUUCGUACAGCCCAUCGAUA